GCUUAAAAGGGCAACGUCUGGAGGCGGUUGCCUUGCAACGGUUUCGGCGUUGGGGCCGUUGGUGCUGUGAGGAAGGGCCGCCAUCACCGGGUGGGGUGUCCCAGCACAGGAAACAGAAAGAAUAAAGUUGGAAGGAGCAGCAUUGAGGAGCAACUGAUUUAAUGAGAGGCAAAUACCACACAGCUUCAGUAGCUUGAAAGAAAAGUGUUUUUGAGCAGGAAGACCUGUGGGCAAGCAAUUCAGAACAAUGGUGAGUCAGGAAAUGCCAAGUGCAUUGGGAUGUCUUGAAGAACUGAACUCAUCAGAUGAAUUCAGCACGUCUUCUAAAGAAGGACUUGAGCCCAGUAACAUGAAAAUGUCAGAAGAUUCUGCAGCCGCGUCUAAAGCUGACAUCAAACCAAAAUCCAUAUCUCAUGCCAAGAAAUGGUCAGAUGAGGUAGAGAACUUAUACAGGUUCCAGCAAGCUGGGUACAGAGAUGAAGUUGAAUAUAAACAAGUGAAACAAGUUGAUGCGGUGGAGUGUUGGCCAGAAACUGGAUUUGUGAAGAAGCUUCAGAGAAAGGACAACACCUUCUAUUACUACAAUAAGCAAAGAGAAUGCGAAGACAAAGAUGUUCAUAAAGUGAAAGUUUAUGUGUACUAAUUUUGCUACUUCCCCAAGUUUGUAUUUCUAUUAGUUAGGAUCUAUAAGUAAAUGAGAUUUGCACAAUCCAGCAUUUAAAGUAUAAAUGUUAUUCUUGGAUAGAAUGAGGAAUACAGAGCGUGUUCCAAAUAAUUUGAUAUAAAAAAGAUAAGAAGCUGCAAAGGAACUUUGCGCAGUCAAACCAAAUAUACAAAGUCCAUUGUAAGCAGAGUCAUUAAUCUUUACUCUGAACCACAUAACCUUGUUGAUACCAGCUUGUGUCAAUUGCAGUCCCUUGAUGUAAUUAAGGGCUGUGAGGCUUCAAAUAAGUCCAGAAGGCUGAUUGUAGAAGAGAGAAGCUGCAACAACCAGAAGAAAACGUUAUUGUUUUAGUUUACUGUUUAUUUAAUAUUGUUGUGUCAGAUCUAUUCCCCAGUAUAUUUGCUUAGCCUUUCCCUUUCUGCCCUUAGCAGCCCAAUUUAGGAGUCCUCCAUCAAAUGGCUCUACUCAAAUAAACUUUCUCACACUCUGUGUUUCCUUAUCAGUCAUUGAGACUAACCAGGUCUGUUUCUUUUGGUUGUUUUUCUCAUUUGGAAGUCCUUCAUCAGAUGACCCUGCUGCAAUAAACAUUCCCACAUGCCACUUCUUAUUAAUGAGGGCAACCCACCAAGUUUGUUUCUGGUUACUCUCUUUGUUAACGCCAAUGGGUCAGGAUUCCAGUCUAUAAGUACUUGUUCUUUUGGUUCAUCUCCUCAUCCCAAUGAUGUAAGGCCCCAAUUUUACAUCAACAAAUAAACUGUAUCACUUGCCACAUA